GCUCCCAACCAUUGUUCUGCCGGAUGAGACUCUGGCGUACUUACUUUUGCCGUUUCCAUGGCAACGACGUUACAGUCGCUAUUUACCCCACGUAGACGAUAUAUUUAUCCACAUGGACGUCGAGAAUGUUCCAGACCAGGGCUGUGCAGACGGAGACAACGUCGAGGAAAUGGUUGACAUGGAUGAAGAAAACUUUGCUGUUUCUUGUUCCUCAGUUUCAGCUGCAGCUUUUGAUGCUGUUAUUGGUGUUAUAGAGGAGAUCAUCAUGGAGGAGAAGUUCCAGCAGCUCCAGCAGAGCUUCAUGGAUCAAAACUACCUGGAGUUCGAGGACUCUGACGAGAACAAGCUCAGCUACACACCCAUCUUCAAUGAAUAUGUUGAAUUGCUGGAGAAAAACCUGGAGCAGCAGCUGAAGGAGAGGAUCCCCGCCUUCAAUAUGAACACUUUCGUAAAGAUGCUCAUGCAACACAAAGAGGAGGUGCCGGGUGACAUCUUCGACAUGCUAGUGACGUUCACUGACUUCAUGGCUUUUAAGGAGAUGUUUCUGGAAUACAGAGCUGAGAAGGAGGGUCGAGGUCUGGACCUGAGUCAAGGACUGGUGGUGACAUCCCUGAUCCACCCCGGCUGCAAACACACCGGCCUCACUGAGCCGCUGCUGCCGGAUAUUUAAAUUGCCUUCUUCUCUUCGUGUCUAGGAGCACUUUGUUCCUUCAGGAAGUAACGGUUAGCUUGUCGCCAAGGUUUUCGGGAAUAGGGUUAACAGUGACCGGAUCCACAAAACUAAUAAUUAACAUUCUGCGGACAAAUGACCUGUGUGUUUUAUGUGUUAACUGGGAUGGUGUGUGUGUUCAAGAGGUUCUUUGUUGUUUUAGAGUGAAGAUGGAAUGUUUUUGCUUCUUUCUUCAUUCUCCCAAGCACUGCCCUGGACAUAACGACUACUUGAAAUAUGGCAACGUUUUUUGACUGGAAUUUGCAGGUGAAACGCCAAAUCCAUAUUAUUUGCCUUUUUAAUUAAGGUUGUUAUUAUUAUUAUUAUUAGUAGAUCUUCCUGCAUGCUUGGGGAGAAUAAACCCAUUUCUGGGCUUUGUACUUGAUUGUUAUGUUUAUCCUACUGGUUAACGCAUGUCCUUAGCAGGGAAACCAUUUGAUAUGUGUUUGUCAUAAGAAAAGAACUGCAGAACUGAUCCGUCAGUAUUUGUUCAGUUUGAAAACUCAUUGAAUAGAGUUUUGUGCCUGUGAAGGUCCUUUUGACUGUAUUAAGGUAUUGUGUGAUGUGUGCAUAUGCCUGCAGUUUAAAAUAAAAAAUCGAAAGUAUUUUUUACUUGUCUUAAAAUGAUAACAGUAAUUGUAAACAUACACUUGUGU